CCCAGUCCCGGGAUGAUGCCGUAAGGGUAUUGUUGAAGAUUAUAUCGAAACCACAGCUGACUUGAUUGAAGGGCACUGGAGGGGCAGGUGGGGAUGCAGACACCCACAAGUUGGAGGUAUCAUGAGUGACACUUGAGUAUCUGUUACAUCUCUAACCUUGCUCUGCUUCUUUCUUUAGGUUGUCCUUACCCCCGAUUGCAGUCAUCGCCGCAAGUCGUCGCUAGUCAUGGCGAAUGAGCCAGGGAAACCUCGCCUUGACCGCGCAGAUGAUAAAACCGCCUGUUUUGUACAUUCCCUGAUCGCAGGAGAAUGGGUCUGCCCUCCUAACUCAGCGAAGGAUGCCGAGAUCGCGCGUAAUGAGCUAGAAGACAAUGCCUUGGGUUUUGAUGAUACCGCCGUGGAUACGGAUGGCGUCACCGUCACCGAUGUGGAUGAUUGGAGGCCGAAGCAAUCGCAGACUGUCGUGGAGUCACGACAGCUGACGAAAAAGCAGCUGUCCGAUAUGGCAUGGAAUGUACGCAAGCUAUCAAAGAAACUAGAUAGCAUCAAACUCAAGCUUUCUGUCAAAAAUGUCUUUGUGGUAACCAAGGCGGGAGAUGACGGUGUGAUUGCCUUUACAAGGAAGGUCUCACAGUGGCUAUUGUCCAAGGAUCGCGGUACGGAUUACAACAUCUACGUGGAGAAGCGACUGGAGGCGAAUCCGGAUUUCGGGGCUUCUCAGUUGGUGCAGGAUGAACCUUCUGCAGCAGGACGACUCAGGUUCUGGGAUGUCAAGUUUGUGUAUGAGAAUGCUUAUCUCUUUGAUUUCGUCAUCACACUGGGGGGUGACGGGACGGUCCUCUAUACGAGUUGGCUUUUCCAGCACGUAGUCCCGCCGGUCCUGUCCUUUUCACUGGGAUCGUUAGGCUUCCUUACUAAAUUCGACUUUAAUGAUUAUCAGAGAACGCUGGGGUUAGCUUUCAAGGACGGCGUCGCCGUUAGCCUGAGAUUACGAUUUGAAUGCACGAUUAUGAGGAGCAAUGGGCGAGAAGAUGAAUCGUUAACACAUACAAAGAAACGGGACCUGGUAGAAGAGUUAAUCGGGGAAGAGGUUGAAGGCACAUUAACUCACAAGCCAGAAAAGGUUGUUCAAAUUCUGAAUGACGUUGUCCUUGAUCGAGGGCCUAAUCCUACUAUGUCCUCCAUCGAAUUGUUUGGGGAUGAUGAACAUUUCACCACCCUUCUUGCAGACGGUGUCUGUAUCGCCACGCCUACGGGCUCGACUGCUUACAAUCUAGCAGCUGGAGGAUCUCUAUGCCAUCCCGACAAUCCAGUUAUCCUCGUCACCGCAAUCUGCGCACAUACUCUGUCUUUCCGACCGAUCAUACUACCAGACACUAUCGUUCUACGAAUGGGUGUGCCCUACGAUGCCCGCACUAGCUCGUGGGCAAGCUUUGACGGACGAGAAAGGGUUGAGUUGCAUCCAGGCGACUAUGUGACUGUUUCUGCCUCACGGUACCCAUUCGCAAACGUGUUACCACACGGUGGGCGCAAUAACGAUUGGGUGCAUAGUAUUUCGAAGACAUUAAAUUGGAAUUCGAGGCAAAGGCAGAAAGCUCUUAAGGAAUGACCAAAGGCUAUCCACUCGUGAUCUUCGCAUGAUGUAUAGAGAACUACGAGUAUUUAGAAAUUCGGCUGGAUGUCCGAAUCCAAUUGCUGUGGAGGUUGUGUAUAGAAUUUUGCUGUUCUCUAGAAGCUUCGUAUGGGUCACCAGGUUUCCCGGGCAGCCUGAGGCCGAC